AUGCCGGUGAGAGUUGUGGAGAGCAGCGCGCCUGCCCAAGUUUCAGGAACUGAUCCUGGGAAUCGCUCACCACUUCCGCAUAGUUCACUUCUUGGCGCGGGCCAGGCGUUUUCUGGUACGCAAAAUGUCUCUAAUCAACAGAAGGAGGAAGCUUGGAGAGUUAACGUGCAGAUACAGGGAGUUGACCUUGAACAUGGCUAUCUUUGUGGCACUAUGGAAGCUCUAAACGUUCCCAUGGCAGACACUCCUGUGAUAACAUUCUGGGAAGGGGAAAUCGUUGAUGGAAAGAAUUAUACUUUUUACACCGGAAAGUGGGAAGCCGUGAGGGAGGAUGAUAUGAGACAUUGGUCAAAGUUCCCAUCUUUUUCCCCUCUUCAGGGACAAGUUGAGUCUGAUGGUGGGAGGCAAUUGGAUCUUCGCAAUUACCCUUAUAUUUUUAUGAGAUGGAAAGAGCAAUACUUUGUAAAUGUUGGCACAGAUUGUGGACUAACAAUAGCUGGAUUUUACUACGUAUGCUUCUCCUGCAGCGACGGAUCCAUCAGCGGUUUCUAUUAUGAUCCAAACAGCAGUCCGUUUCAGAAGCUGGAGCUGAAAACAGUAAACGAAGGAAGAUCUGGUUUCAGCUUCUCUUCUUACGAGUUGCAAUGA